GAGGAGGCACGCAAGCAUCAAAAUCAAGCCAUCGACGGCCAUGUUCAUUUGUCAUGACACGUUAUAACGUUCAACAUCACCGCGUUCUUGCUACAUAUUUUAUAAUUUUUAGUUUUAAUUAAACACUCGUUAAUAAAGUUAUUGAUAAUAAAUAAUUAAGUGCCGGAUAAUUAAUUAUAAAUAAAUAAAAAUGGUUAACGAAGAAUUACUAAGACGAAAACGGGAGGAGUAUGAAUUGCAGCUAUUUGCCUUUCAUUCCAGAGACGUCUGUACAACUUUAACAACAUUGAUAAAAGAAAAAAUAGAAUCCAGAUGCAAUAAAAUUCAUCAAGCGAUAAUAAAUAAAUGUAGUCCCGUUGGUGAAGAAGUUGAAUUAUUAGAAAAGAAUAGAAAAAAAUUAAUAACAGCUUACUAUCGGAAAUGUAGAAGUUACUUACCACGUAUUGAGAAUUGUGUGGAGAAAUUGCUUGCGAUACCGCAACAUAUCCUGCUUGAGGAGGAUAAGAUCCAAGCUACCCAAUUUACAGCUGAAGAAUUUAAUGAAAUUAUGACGAACUUGGAAGACUUGCAAAGAAGAACCAAGCAAGCAACUAUGCUCAAUGGUGUGCUAAAGCAAGAGCUGGAGAUGGCAGAGGAGUUUGAAAAAAAUGUUGAGGUAGCCAAUAAGUUGUGCACUGCGAUAGAAAAUGGUAUUCAUUAUUCAGAAAUUGACGAGGCAACGAUAAAAUCAAUAGAUCAGUUGAGAAAUGUAACUGAAGAAGUUGAGGCGUUUUGUAGUACUUGCGUACAUAGGUUGAAUUGUCUGACAUUAGCGCCAAAAAAAUUUAGUAUUCAUGAUUUAUGAUCAGAAAAAAAAAACAUAUUUUUUUUAUCAACUAACAAAUAUUUGUAUUACCUUAUUUUGUACAUUAUAAUUGAAAUUAAUUACAUACAUGACAAAUUAAGUGACUGACUGAUACUUUGUGAAUAAAAAGAAAAUUAUUUUAA